AUGAGUUUAGUGUAUGUAAAUAGUGAAAAAAAUAAAAAAAUGUUACAGUAUAAAGGAUUUUUACAUACACAAGAAAAAAUUUAUAAUGAAAAAGUGUAUUGGAAAUGCUCCGAAAGUAAAAAAAUAAAAUGCAAAGGUCGAGUUCAUGUUGUGAACGAAAAUAUCGUGAAGUUCAUCGAACAUAAUAAUCAUGUACCAAAUGCAGCAAAAAUUGAAGUUAAGAAGGCUGUAUCACAUUUAAAGGAGAUUUCUUCCCAAACUACGCUUAGUACUCAUGCUGUUAUUGGAGAAAUUUCAUCUCAGUUACCAAGUGCUCUUGCUGCAGAUAUGCCAAGUGUUCAAACGUUAAAAAGAACAAUUCAACGUCUUCGGCAAAGAGAAGAAGCUUCUCCUCCUAACCAAAUAAUUUUGAUUUUAUUAUUCCUGAGGAGUAUCGAAAUACAAGUGACGAAUGUGGUUGCAUGUCUAUUAAAUCAGCUUGCCAGAGAUCAUCUUUAA